AUGGCCGACGACGAGUUUGACUUUAGCGACGAUGACUUUGACCACCUGCCCACCAACACGCUGGACCACCUCGAGGCGAGCGCCUUGCGAGCCACACAGCACCAGGCGGACAAGACGCGCGAUCCGGAAUCCGACUAUGGCCUCGACGACGACGGUGAUGAGGUGAUCAAUCUCGACGAUGCGCCCCAGUACGCCCGCCCACAAGACGAAUAUGACCAUCUUGGCCAUGGCAUCCAAGUCCAAGACGCGCCGCGCACCUCGCAAGCCGACCCGAAUCACUUGCUCCAGCGGAUAAAGAAGCUAGAACAAGACAAGGCACGUGAGAGGCGCGAAGCCCAAGAGCUCAAGGUGAAGCUGCAGACAAAGGCUGGGGAAGCCGACACACUGCGUAGACGAUAUGACGCCGACACGCGACGACAUGAGCGCCAGCUUGCCGACCAGCAGCACGCCCACAGCGCCGAAGUGGCCAAGCUGCGCGCAGACAUGGACAAGCUUCGUCGCGAGAAAGAUGAGGUGACGACGGACAACAUGUUCAACCAACAUGAGGCGCGCGAGGCAGGCAUGACCCGACGGACGGCAAGAGCCAUGCCUUCCCGUCCCAAGUCGGCCGCGCCUGCAAUCAGCCCAGCACGCACACCGAGGAAGGUGCAGAAGACUCUCGGCACGCUUGGGGAUGGCUUUGACGACGACGACGUCGUCAUGGCGUCACCGUCAAGACACAAGACGGCGACGCCAAAGCAGCCUGGGAAGCGGAAGCGCCAAAUCGCUGACCAAAGCCCCAUACCGCUACCUGCUCUACAGUUGAGUGAGCCACGGAGCAGACGUAGAGAGCAGGACCCUCCACCACCACCAAGUACGCUUGCCGUGCCACAAAUACAUGGCGCCCUCCUUGACCACUUUCGACGUGACGACCGCCGAUUCACUCUCUUGCACCGUUUGCUUUCACAUCCCUCUUCAAACGGCACCGACCGCAUACUAGAAGCACUUACUCUGCACUCCUUUCCUUCGACGCCUUCCAAGAGGCUGUCUUCCACUGUCUAUGACGCUCUGGCCGAUAUCAACACACUCGAUGUACAUGAGCUAGCUUUGCACAUCUGUCACAUUUUCCUUGAUCUAUGGAAACAGUGUCACAAUGAGAAGCACUACACCCCGACCGCACUGAUACUCGAUGCACUUCACUUCCUCCUAGCCUGCGAACCUGUAGAAACUGCUGUCAAAAUCACUGAGCGCAUCGUGCCCCUCAUCAUCGCCACUGUAGAUCUCGUUGCAGACCCCAUCUCCAAAGCAGCCAAAGGCGGAGAAAAAGCCGUCGCUGAACUUUACUCAACCUGGCAGCGAGAGGUUGCUUCACAGAUAAAUGUCGAAGACUGCCUUGAGCUACUCCAUCUCAUAGCAAGCAGUUGCCUAUCUUCAUCUGACUCUGGCGCAAUCACCCGGCUCUGGCAAACUAUCCCGUCCUCGUUUGCCAUCAUGCUCUUGGUAAAGGAGCAGCCACAACAGCAAAUAACCCUCAUGUUGCGCAUCCUUGCCACAUCCGCUCUCACAAACACUCUCGGCCCAAUAACCACGGUCGACUCUACGCAAGAUAACCAGGCAAACAACGAAGAUGCUCUUCUCAAUCGUUUGACAAACCUGUUCACCGAGAUACCAAAGCCCGUACCUGACCCUUCCGCACAACCGACAUCACCACAAGCCAUCUCAGAGCCGGACCUCUGGGACCUCCGUCUGCUCGUCUUAUCCGUGCUCACACAAUUCUCUAUACCAGAGUACGGUUCAAGCCGCCUUGCUCAAAACCGGCUUUGCAUAGGCAGACUCAUCAAGUACCUCGACUAUUGCAUAACCAGUCUCUAUCGAUUUCCCAUCUCACCAACCCAAGACCACAAAGUUGACUCUAUCAAUGCGACCAUGAAGCUUAUUUACCACGUGGCUACGACGAAUGCUGAUUUUGACAUCAAGGGCAAGCUUGUCAACACUCUAGGUGGACAGCAUGCAUACUUGGUUGCUCUGACGAGAUUAGCCUUCAGCGAGGGGUUGGUUUUGGAAGCUGGCAUUGAGGACGAGGUAGUUAAUAUGGCACAUGACAUUCUCGACGAAGGCCUCAGUAUGGAAGAGGGCGAUGCUUUUGGAAAGGUUUUUAGUAGUGGGAGCACAACAUGA